AUGUUCAAUGUCAACUUCGCCAUCGUCGCCAACAACAAACCUGCUCAAUUGCCUAACGCAGACGCCAUCAUCCGGGCGUGCACCACGCACUUGAACAAAAACAACUCGAGCAAUCCCACUGCUAACCAACGGGGCAUGUCCCUAGUCAACGAGUCCGGCAUCCCUUAUGCGUGGGUAAAGUUCGGACCGUCCAUCACCAUGGCCGAGGCGCGCACGCAAGACUACGUCGCUCACAGCGUCAACGGUACCGCCGCCGCCGCCACCGCCUGCGUCCGCGUUCCCAACGUUUACCUCGCUUUUGUCGACAAUGACAACUGGGGCUAUAUUAUCAUGGAAUUCGUUGCUGGGGCUGUGUGCAGCAACACCGACGCCCCCGCGGUCGCCAAGGCCGUCGAGCAUCUCAUCACCAUCCACCCCCCUAACGCACAGCUUGGCCACUUCGGCGGUAGCCCUAUCUUCCACCCCUUAUUCAACGACCGCAAAUCCUCGGUAGAGUACCCUUCCGUCACGCUGCUCGAAGACCACAUCAACGGCAUCCUGAGGUCCUUCGGUUAUAAUGUAUAUGUUGACUUCAGUCAGGAAGCCGAGGCGCAUGACCUCUGCCUCUGCCCGUCCGACAUGAACCGGCAGAAUUUCAUCAAGGAGCCUAAUGACACUAUCGUCGUCCUCGACUUCGGCGAGGCCUGCUUCCUGCCUGCCUCCUUCUUCGACCUCGCGCUGCGUGGCGAGGACUCCUACACCAGGCGCCUCCGCCCUCUGAUCUCACGUCAGCCAUCAGCGCAGCUGGACGGCCUGUUGCUAGCGAAGGGUGCCCUGGUCGUCACCGGAAACAACAAUCUCGGUUUGCCGGCCAAACUCAACUAG